AUGUCGGCCAAUGAGUCCAAGCGCAAACUCAUCAUCGUGUCCAAUCGCUUGCCCCUCUCCAUCAAACGGGUGGAUGGCGUCUUUGAAUCCUCUAUCUCGAGCGGAGGGCUGGUUACGUCCCUAUCCGGCCUAUGCAAACCAACGCAAUUUCAAUGGUUCGGCUGGCCAGGAAUGGAAGUGAAAAAUAGCAAGGACAGAGAAGACGUAUCUCGGAGCCUGAGCGAGUACCAUGCCGUUCCAAUCUUUCUCGACAGCGAUCUCGCGCAUGAGCAUUACAAUGGGUUCUCGAAUCGAAUAUUGUGGCCUAUUCUGCACUAUCAAUCGGGGGUCAUCUUUGACGACGGCCCAUGGCAAGCCUAUCGACGCGUCAAUGAGCUCUUUGCUGACUCCGUCGCCGAUGUAGCCCAGGACGGGACUCUGAUCUGGGUACACGACUACCACCUCAUGCUGCUGCCCGAACUUCUCCGGACUCGACUGCACGCGAAGGGGAAGCACUGUGCGAUUGGCUUCUCACUGCACACUCCAUUUCCCGCGGGCGAUUUCUGGCGUAAUCUUCCCGUUCGCAAGCAUCUCAUCGAUGGACUCUUGGCCAGCCACUUGAUUGGAUUCCAUACCGACGAGUACAAGCAGAACUUUAUCGACACCUGCGCGAGUCUCCUGGGCGCACGCACCGAAAUCCCCAACCAGAUCCAGUACAAGAGUCGAUUAGUGAUCGUGGGUGUGGAUCGACUCGACCACAUCAAAGGUCUUACACAGAAGCUGAGAGGAUUUGAUGUCUUCCUGGACGACCAUCCAGAGCUACGAAAUAAAGUGGUUCUCAUCCAAGUGGCUGUUCCCAGCCGUGAGGAUGUAAAGGAAUAUCAAGAGUUAGAGACUGAGCUCAGCACGAUCGCUGGCAAGAUAAAUGGCAAACACGCAACCCCCGAAGGAACGCCGUUGCUAUAUAUGCAUCGGUCUGUCCCUUUCACAGAGCUGACAGCUUUAUAUUCGGUUGCGGAUGCCUGUCUUCUCACCUCGACUCGCGAUGGCAUGAACCUCGUCUCUUUCGAGUACGUCGCCUGCCAGGAGAAAAGACAUGGCGUGCUGGUCCUGUCUGAAUUUGCCGGAGCCGCAUCCUUCAUGCGCGAGGGCAGUAUUCCAUUCCACCCAGCUAACACGACAGAGAUGUCGGAAUCGAUUUUUCAUGCCUUGAACCUGGAUCCGGCCGAGCGAAAGUGCAAGUACCUAUAUUUGCGAGACUUUGUCAACAAUAACACAAGGCAAGCUAGCACAAUCCCAUCACCAGAUAACAUUCCUGUGGCUAAUCUGUGCUACUAG